CAUUGCUAUUAUUCCCUUCUGUGUUUUCCAGCACGUCAACCUUCCCGCCGGUGCCAACUCCUCCAACCUCAGAAUGCCCCCCAAAAGCAACCAUUACUCCACCGUAUCGCACUCGGAUACCUAUGAUGAUUCCACCACUGAAGUCGACGAGUCACUCAUGGGCGAUGAGAAGCAAUGGCACUCAAUAGACCUGAACGCGGAUGGGAACAAGGCAGGAAGCACUUGGAAAGAAGUCAAAAUCAUAUUGAGGAGGUAUCGCUGGCUUAUCGACACACUUCUCCUCCUCACGAAUAUUGGUCUCUCGCUAGGACUGUCAUUGCUGUUGUACUACCAAUUCGAAGACGCCAAGUUUCCGUCGCGAAUGACACAAAUUGGCGGCGAUUACACAGGCGCGGGCCCGCAAUUCCCGAUUGAGAUCAAGAAAUUUGAUGCCGACCACGCCGUAGUGCCUCCCAACGCAACAGAAUUUCUUUCCGAAGCUACACUCAACCAAUGGCGGUCGCUUUUGCCCGCUGGUGCCGGUUGGAAAUCUGAGGACGACGGCCCUUUUUUCACCACUACCAUGACCCAUCAAUUGCAUUGCAUCUAUAUGAUGGGACGCAUCUACUCCCGGAUAGUCACCGACCCGACUGACAUGCCUACAGCCGAUUCCGAUAUCCAUUUCUAUCAUUGCAUUGAUUAUCUGAGACAAGCAGCCAUGUGCUCAGCAGAUCUAGCCCUUGAACCACAUUUGAUUACGGACGCGGACGAUAACGGGCCUGGAGAUGGUAGUUGGAACGGCAUGCAUGUCUGCAAGAAUCACAAUCAAGUGAUUAAAUACGUGGAUCGACAAAUCAAGGAAGGCGUUCGUGUGGUUCUGCCGAUAGAUGACUGAGCACUCCAUACUUUAAUGAAUUUUGAUUUCUAGCGUCUACAUUCCAUCGAGAACAAAAUAUGACAGUAAUACUCUUCGGAACCAUCGACGAUAUCCCCUUAAGCAGCACCGUCGUCCCACACAGUCACUCCCUUUGUUAAAGAGAUGGUACGAUGGGACAAAGCCACUCAUGGAAUUGACUUCGGACAACCCAAACAAUGUUGGUUCGCGCUGAGACCUACGCCGCAAGCCUCGUCUGCGCAAGACAUGAUAGGACUGCACCGCACCCAACAGUUGACCUGAGUCUACUUAGUGCAACGGAUUGGCGUCAGUUGGUCACGC